AGCAGUGUUUUUUUCUCGGACAGCCAAAACAAGCAGGAAAAGUUAUAGGCGUUCUUGCUGUGCCGAAUAUUUAUCGUAUUUUAAAGUUAUUUCACGCUCCCGCAGCCACUAACUACUUGUGCCACCCUCCGCCAACCGUACGCACGAUGUCAAACGCGGAAGCCAUCCAGGUCAGCUCGCUGCCGCUGCCGCCCGCGCAGUACAUCAACCUGUACACGGACGAAAACAUACGAAAGAACCGUGCCCCGAAGCCCCCGGCACCGAUCCAGGAUGCGUACACAAUGUUCGGCAGCCCGUUCAGCAACGACGACAACAUCAUCCGGCCGCUCGAAAGCCAGGGCUUCAAGCGGCUGUACCCGCAGCACUUUGACCGGCGAAAGGAGCUGAAAAAGCUGAACCACUCGCUGCUGGUCAACUUUCUCGACCUGAUCGAUCUGCUGGUGCACUAUCCGGACAGCCCGCGACGGGCGGAAAAGAUCGAGGAUCUCAGCCUGCUGUUCGUGCACAUCCACCACCUGCUGAACGAGUUCCGGCCGCACCAGGCGCGCGAAACGCUGCGCGUCAUGAUGGAGCUGCAGAAGCGGCAGCGGAUAGAGACGGCCCAGCGCUUCCAGAACCACCUGGAGAAGGUGCGCGAGAUGGUGAAGAAUGCGUUCGCCUCGCUGCCGGAUCUGACGGAUGCGGAUCGGCUGGCCGGCGGGCUGGAACCGAUGGACGUGGGCGAGUCGGGCGAUCUUGCCGGCGGCCGGGGCGAAGGAUGCCACCCACUGGACAGGCUAAUGUGCGAGCUUGUGGAUAGGAUGUGAGCGCGGGCCUGGGAGGAGACAGCCCAGCCCUGUCGGGACUGCCGGUGGUUGCCCCUACCAUUCAAGGGGCAGGGCUGCAAACGUUAUUUGAUCGCUGAUUUGUUUUUGUAUUCGUAAUUCUCUGACAAAUUAUUUCAACUUUAAGAAGUGAAUAAACCACACGUGCGUGGGAGAAUAUAGUAAAUUAUUGAAAAACAAAA